UUGUAUAUAUUUUUUAUAAAAAUGAAGGCUUUUAACCCGUUCAAAGUUCAGAUAAGGGGCUUUGCUACUAAGCUUAAAGCAUCAACAUCAGAUAGUAAAAGAGGUCCUGCUGGUAAAAGACUCGGUCUGAAAAAAUUCGGAGGUGAGGAAGUACAACCUGGCCAUAUUAUUCUCAGACAAAGAGGUCUGAAGUAUAGACCUGGAGAGAAUACCUAUGUCACAAGAGACCAUACUAUCCAUGCCUCUAAAGAAGGAGUAGUCUUUUAUGAGAGAAAUAACUGGGUUCCUAGGAAGAGAUGGAGAGUUCAUGUCAUUCAGAAGGAAAUUCCUAAUAGACAACUACCUAAUCCCCCUCCAUUUGUAUAUCAUCCUGAGUUAUAUCCAGAUUUGGCAAAGAAUAAUCCAGAGCCUUACGAUUUGAAAGUGCCUGAACCAAAGGAUAAAGAGAUACAGAAAAACCCUUCAAAAUUAGGAAUGAGCUUGUCACCUCAAUCAGAGAAUCAUGAUACUAUUACUCCACAGGUGCAGGAGGAUGCUACUCCUGUAACUCACCAGAGGCUGAGUACCAGGACUCUCCUGGCCCACUCAGACUUUGCUUAUUAUACUGUAAAGAAGCAUGAAGACCAGCAAGUAGAGAUGGAGGUUGAUUUUUCCCAAAAGACAGAGAAUUCGAAGAUAUUUUCACAAGAUGAAAAGGAGCUCUUGGUUAAUUUUAGAGUCUAUGAGUAAAUUUCCUCCA